AUGGCCGGCGUCUCAGACAAAGCUCGCUUCUACCUCGAGCGCGCAGCUCCCGAGCUACGCGACUUUGAAGAGAAAGAAAUAUUUUCCAAAGACGAAAUCCGCUCCCUCGUAACCAAACGUUCCGACUACGAACACCUGAUCCUCUCCCCAGGCACCAAGCCAUCCGACUUCCUCUCCUACGUCGCCUGGGAGCGCUCGCUCGACCGGCUGCGCGCCAAGCGCUGCCGCCGCCUCAAGAUCCGCAAUUCCUCGUCGUCGUCGUCAUCACACGCCAGCCAGGCCCGCACCUUUGGCAUCUUUGAGCGCGCCGUGACCAAACACCCGGGCAGCAUCCCGCUGUGGCGUGCCUACCUCGACUUCGCGGCCGAGGUGAAGGCGACCAAGCGCUGGCGGCGCAUCUGCACGCGCGCGCUGAGGCUGCACCCCACCGAGCCCGGAUUGUGGGCCAUGGCGGGCCGGCGGGCGGCGCAGAGCGGAGAUAUGGAGAGGGCACGGGCACACUUUUUAAGGGGGUGUCGGUUCUGUGUCGGGGGGGAGGGAGGUACGUUGUGGGUGGAGUAUGCGCGGUGCGAGAUGGAGUGGUUGGGGAGGGUGGAGGCGAAGAAGAGUGGGAAGGGGGUCAGGAAGGGAGUGGAUCCUUUGGAGGCGAUCAAGGCGACUGAGGCGGUGCAGGAGGGGGAUAUUGUGAUGUUUGAUGAGGAGGACGAGGAGAGUGGGGAGGAGGGGGAGCUGGUGCUGCCUGAUCCGGAUGUGCAGGGGCAGGGGGCGAAGGCGAGGCCGAAGGUGUUUGACGAUGGGACAACCAAGAAGAUGGAGCAGAGCCCUGCGCUCAGCGGUGCGAUACCCAUGGCCAUUUUCGACAUCGCCAGGAAGCAGCCGUUCUUUGGGCCCGCGGCGGCCGAGAAGUUCUUUGACGUUUUUGCUGGGUUCAGCAAUGUCUCGUCGCAGGAGAGAAUCGUGGAGCAUGUGCUCGAGGCGAUGAAGGAGCUGUUCCCCAACCAUCCGUGCACAUGCAGUUGCCAGAUCCGGCGGCCACUCAUUGGGGUGGACGUGAUGACUGCUGCCUUCCCCAAGGCGCUGCGCGAAUCGCUAGCGAGGUUGAAUGACGGCAUGGAAAGGACGGACGACAAGAAGGCGCUGGCAAGCAAAAUGGUUGCUUGGAUCGACAUGAUUCUGGAGACGGAGGGUCUGGAUGCCGCCAUCAAGACCGUGCUAGAGCAUACAAAGCGGUCGUUGGAGGAGGCCACAGGUUGA